AUGGCGGGCGACGGCGCAGGAACGCUGCUGUUCGGGCCCAAGCGGCCACAUUGGGGGUGCUCCCGCUGCGGCACGGCCAACAACUGGGCCUGUCGCCUGCAGUUCCGAUGUGGCGCGCGCGCGCCGCAGCGGGUCAUCACCAAGGCUAGACAGGAAGAGAAGAAACUCAGAGCCGCCGACAACCCGAAGGGGCAGCCUCCUUCGCGCAGCGGUGGCAACGGCGGAGGCAGGCUUGAUUCGUCACAGCUGGCGCCAUGGGCCUCGUCGAAGCUCGAGAAGGAGUUGGUGGCACUGCGCAAGCAUGUCCAGCAGCUCAAGAUGGAGAAGGACAAGGACCCUGCCCCACCUCAGGCAGCCCCCACUUUCGUGUCUGAUGCGGCCAUGGGGGUUGAUGAAGGCUCGGCAGGGGCCAAGGACACGACGGCGACGGCGUUGCAGCGGAGCGCUAUUCAGAACAAGAUCGGCCACUACGAGCUGUUCGUCAAGUCCCUCGCCCUCUACGAAGACACUGAAGCUGAGCAGCUACAGACGGCCAAGAAGCAGCUGGAAGUGCUUCGAGUACAGCUACGUGAGCUACGUCCGCCGUCCACGGCGCACAAGGUCGCAACGCAGAAGUUUGAGCGCUGCCGUACCCAGCUCGAUCGCUACCGCACCGAGGCUGCUGACCGACGCGAGAAGAUCGCUAAGUUACAAGAGGCGUUGGGCACGAAAGAGGCCGCCAUCGUCCAGGAGGAGGCUGAGAUUGUCCAGCUCACCAUGGAAGUGCGCACCUGUGCCGAGGCGCUGUCGGAGCAGCGCGGCGAGCCCGUCACGGCGGCGACGAACCCUGCGUCCGCCCCCGUGCUCUCGCCCGGCUUCUUGCAAGUGGAUAUGCCCGAGCUUGAAGGCCAGCCUGACCUCAAGCUCUUCUACCAGCAGGUCACCACUGACCCAAGGUUCAGCUCGCUCCAGCAGGUGCUGGCCAAGCACGUCAAGGUCAGCAUGGUGCCGCAGCAGCCGUCUCUUGUUCAGCCUGCUGGUGGCGCUGAUGAUGAUCAUGAGCUGGAUGACAAGGCUGAUGUCGUUAAGCGCGGAGCCGAGCCCACACUCGGCAUGGAUGGCGUUCGACAGAUGUACGAGGAGUUCAAGAAGGCAGGCGCUGUCACAGGCGAAUCUGAGGAGCAGCUGGUCGCGCGGUUGCAUGAGCUCGUCGAUGACAUGCACAAGGCCAAGCGUGGCAGUCCGACCGAAGGCUACCUGCCUUCCGCUGGCGUGGCGGUCUUCGCUCGCAGCGAGGUCGGGCUGCGCUGGCCUGAUGGCCGCAGCUCGUCGAUGUUGGUGCCGCAGCGCGCCCAGCACGUCAUUGUUGAUUUACCGGGAUGGGAGCCCAUUCAUAUCUUCAAUAUCUAUUUGCAUACGGCUGGGGGCAUCACGGUGCGCAACGCGCGUAUCCUGUGCUCCGUAGGCGAAGCCAUGUCUGGCAUUCUCGCCCCGUGCAUCAUCGGCGGCGACUGGAACAUGCCUGCCAGUGAGGUGGAGGACUCCACUUUCCCAGCCAACGCGCAGGUCAGCUUGGUAGUUCCGGCGGCAAUCACAUGCCGCACUGCCCGCUCGUGUUCCACGAUAGAUUUCUGCGCGUUGAGUUCUGCAGCGAUGCGUUCGCUCAAGUGUGUUUCAGCAGAUGUGGCGUGGCCAAUCAAGCCUCAUCGACCUGUUCAGUUGCAGCUUGCCAUUGAUGGGCAGUCUCUGCAGCACCUUGCUUACGGCAUGGCGCCUAAGAUCCCUGGCGUGCAGGUUCACGGGCCACACUGCGAAGACUCGUCCUGGGCCACUGAGGCGUCCUAUGCUGAGCACGCGGUGGAGUUGGCCAGGCACCGGCGCGCUGACGGCGCCUGGGGUUUUCUGUCAACAGCUUGGGCCAAGUUUGUAGCGCGCGCAGCUCAGAGGCUUUCGCAUGUCACCGCCACAGAGAUCAAGGACUUCAACUCCUUCGCCAGGUGCCCCACGCCAAGGUGGGUGGAGGUCAGCUAUGAGGCCAAGGAUCCCGAAGGCGUUCAAGCCCGCGCCGAGGGCUGGCGGUGGCUUCACAAUGCUAUCACCUACAUCAUCCAGCUGGGCGAGGGCGCCUCUGUCAGGCCUACUAGUGGCCAGCCAGCUUCGACGGUUUCGUUGGCGACAAGAGCAGUUCCAUGCCCACAACCUGCAGCUGGUCACGCCGUGGACGUUGAGGACCGCGACCCGUUCGAGGACCUGGCUGCAGAUCUGGAUGACAGUGAUACUACUCAGAAUGGGAAUCGGUCUAACAUCGGAUCCAGGCCAUGCGCCAGCUCCCACCCCCCUGCUGUGUCUUUUGGGCAGGAUGGCAGUCUCGGUCCGACCCCUGGCGGCGGUGCGGCGCCGUUGCUGGAUGCAGCUUGUCUAAACUCGGUGUCCGAAGUGCACAGACAGCGUGAUGGCUCCUCCGCCAGCCAGCUGGCGCGAGAGAUCGAGUCUUUCCAGGCGCUGGUCUACGUCGGCCAGGGGCUCAACCACAGGCUCGAUGCCACCGUGGAGCAAGCCCGCAGGCUCGCCUCCUACGCGCCGCUUCGCAUUGACAACCUGCGCGAGCUGCUGGCCGACAUUGGGGGGGACUUCCAGGCCGUCAACCAGGAGGCAGGCCGAGACAGCAGCAGUCGCUGGAAGGCGUGGCGCGACCAAGCUAGUGCUGGCGGUGCUCGUGGCCUCCACCGCGUCACCAAGGUGCCACUGUUCAUCCUCAUCACGUUGUUCGGGUCAUGGAGAAAUCCUACAUGGAAGUGUGGCAUGGAUCAGCGCAGGCGCAACGUGCUCGUGUUCCUGAUCGC